AUGUUCACAGAGGACGCCAUGCUGCCGCCACCUCCGGCGACACCGCCCAAGGCGCCGCCUGCGCCGCAAGAUGCGGAGGUCACGGUGUUGGAGCGGCUCAUGGCGCCCCCGUCGGUGUACAGCACGAGGAUCAUGAAUCUGAGGAACAAUGAGAAGAAACCGUCGCCCGCUCGAAUCCGCCCCGGGAUCGUCUUUGAAGACAAAGUGGCGGAGGUGCAAGCAGAGGAGCAGUUGCAGAAGCCGAAGCAGCCGAGCCCCUUGGAGCGCCAGCUCAGGGCGCUGCAGCACCUGGACUUGGAGCUUUGCGCCGAGGUGUGCACUGCCUUGGACCGGCUCAGCUUUGAUGACCUGGAGCAGCCGCCCGGUGAGGCCUCGCGCCUGCAGCCACUGCUGGAGCUUCUUUGGAACCUCACCUUCGAGCCAAAGGGUGUAGAGGCGGUGGCAGUAGCCUCUUUGGAGCCAGUGAUGCGGAAGCACCUCGCAGAUGUGGAGCUCCAGGUUGCCAUGUGCGCUCUAUUGCUGAACCUCGCUGUGCGGGAGGAGAACCGCCAGUUGAUUUUGCACACCGGCUUGGCAGACCUCAUGUGCCAAGCGCUGGAGAUGCACCAGGACGAGCAAUUGCUGGAGCAUGGGUGCCAGGCCUUGUACAUGCUGGCCUGCCAUCCCGCCUUGCGCCCCUCCCUGGCCGCCGCCGGCGCCUUGCGGGCGGCCCGGCUCGCGGCGGCGAGGGGGAAAUCGGCGAACUGGGGCGCCUGGCUGCAGGAGCUGCUGAUGUGCUGA